AUGAUGGAAUCGUGUUUAAAUCAUAAGCCUGAGAAAGUUGGCUCGGCGGUUCUGGACAUCAAGAAAGAUCUUUCCUCCGACUUCUCCAAAUUAUCAAAGUGUGAAAUCUACAAUGAAAACAUCCAUGAUCUCCUUGAUAUUGCUCCAAAUGUCUCUCACAGAAGGACUGUUUUGCGGCUAGCCCAAGAUGUUAAAGGCAAUGCUUUUGUCAAAGAUCAAAAAUGGGUUCAAGUUAACAGUGCAGAGGAAGCAUUAAAAGUUGUGAAAAUCGGAAUGAAAAAUCAAAGUUCUUCAUCCACCAAGCUCAACAAUGUCUCUAGCAGAAGCCACAGUAUAUUUUCCAUUCGGAUCUUGCGGAUUGAAGAUGUGGGUGUUCCUCAUGUUCAGACAAUUAGCGAGUUGUCAUUAUGUGAUUUGGCUGGAUCUGAGCGAUGUGCAAAGACUCAGAACCAAGGAGACCGCUUAAAAGAAGCUGGAAACAUCAACACAUCCUUGUUAACGCUAGGGAAAUGCAUCAAUGCUCUGAGGCUCAACCAAACGCAACCCAAGAUUCAUCAGCACAUCCCCUUCAGGGAGAGCAAGCUCACACAUUAUUUGCAGGGUUUUUUCUGUGGCCGUGGAAAGGUCUGCAUGAUCAUUAACAUAAACCAGUGUGCCUCAGUGUAUGAUGAAACCCUGAAUGUCCUCAAGUUCUCAGCAUUGGCUCAGAAGGUGGUGGUCCUCAACCCUAAACCAGCUCCUAGCAUUGCUGUCAAGAGGUCUGACAGAAAUGUGUCCAUGAUAAUCAAUAAUGCUGACAAGAAGGAUUGGACCAGGAGAAGCUCGCUCAUGGGCUGGGAGAUGAACCGAGAGGACAUGCAGGAGGACAAAGAUGAUGAAGAAAUGGGUGAGGAGGACGAUGAGGAGAGUGACGAUAAGAGCAUGGAGGACAACAUUGUCCUAGAGACUGUGGAAAGUCGAGAGCUGUUUGAGCUUCAGGUGAAAAUUGAAGAGUUUAAAGAGAAGCUGUCCAAAGAGGAGUCUGAAAAAUUAACUAUGGAAUCUCGUAUUCAUGAGGAAGUCAGGAAGUUCAUGGAGCUGUUUUCUAACAUGGAAAAAGACUACAAUGACCGUCUCCAAAGAGCGAAAGAAAUUGUUGAGGAAAGAAGGCUAGAGAUACUGAAGAAUCUGGUCAACAGAACUAUUGGUGAAAUGGCCGCUGUUAGCACUGACGAGAAUGCUGCAAAGGAGGCUAAGAUUGAGCAUUUGGACAGCAUGAUCGAGGCAAUGCGAGAUGAUCCAGCUAAGAUAAAGGGAGAUGCAGAGGCAGUACAGAUUUGCCUGACAAAUGUCCCUGAAUCACCCAGAACAAUCAGUGAUUUGAGGACACAGCUGGAGGAGAUGAGAGAGGAGCUUCUCAAAAGCCAACAACUUCUCAGUCUUAAAACUAUAGAGUUUGAAGCAAUGUGUGUUCAAAUGCAGGAAUCAGAUUACCAGCUUCUCCAAGCAAAUAGAAAUUGUGAAAACAAGAAACUUAGAUGUCAGGAACUUAUGUCAGUCUGUCAGGAGAAAAAUGGCAUGAUCUCGACAUUACAGACUGCUUUGGACCAAAAUGUGGAGGCAGCUACUAAAGAUCAGGCCUUAAUUAAUAAUAUCAAAGAAGAAAUCCAAAAUUUCAGAAACAACUGUAAGUGUAUGCUGAAUGAAGAUGGUGAACCUAGAGGGGAGGAAAUGACAUGUCAAGAAACUCAACAGCUUCUGCAAGAACUGAAAAUGAAAGAUGAGCAGCUGAAUGAACUUAAACUUGAGUGCUGUUCACUUGAGAAAAAAGUGUGUGAUCUCUCUGAUAGAUUGGCAGAGCAGACUCAUGCACAUGAAGCUACUGUGGAGAUGGAGAGAGCAGAGGUCAACAAAGUCACAAAUGAGAACAAGGCUCUUGCCAAUGAUCUACAUGUACUGCAGCAAGCGGCCAGUGAGAUGAGCUCAAAGCUCAAAACUCUCCAGAUGGAAUUGAGCACUCAGACAAAGAUUGCCAAUGAGCUUUCAGAAGAACUCGAUGCAGCCAAAACCUUGAUUAAGGGACAUCAAGCAGAGUAUAGCAGUCAGUCCAAAUCUAUUGAAUCCUUAAUGACGGAGGCAGAUAAUUUGCGUCAGGAACUCAGAGCCCGCCAGCUCUCACAUGACAAAACACAGGCUGAAUGUGAGAGGAUGGUGGAGUUGUCUCAUGAGAAGAGCCGACAGAUCAAUGACCUGGAGCAAGAGGUCAGCCAGACCAGAGCAAACAUGUGCCAGCUGGAGGAACUCUGCAGUCAGCUUCAAUAUGAGCGUGAUGCACAGGCAAAGGAGUACCAAAGUCUCCUGAGCUGUUAUGAAGCUCAAAAGGUUGUUGUGGCCGAAAUAAAAAGCAACUCUGAGCUCCUGGAAGAGCUGAAUGUUCUGAAUCAUCAGCAGGGUAGGAUAGAAGAACAAGAUCAAGACUCCAGAGAUGAUUGUUGGAAAAAACUACAGGACAAACUCAUUCAAACGCUGAGCAAACUGAACCAGCACGAGGAGGUUCAGAACAUAGUGAGAACAAUUGUAGAGAAUGAGAUCUCUGAGGUAAGAGACAAGGCCAAGAGGAUAAUAACUGCGAUGGCGAAAGAUCUGGCUCAUAAAGACGCAGAACUAGAGACUAAAGCCCAAGAGCUUUCGAAGUUGAGAGAAGUUGUGAACGAUGGACGUAAUAAAAUCAAGACCUUGAGUUGCGAUUUGCAGCAGGUGGAGAGGGAGCGAUCUGCUGUCAGAGAUCAAUUAUGUGAGGCUAACAUGCAGAAAGAACAGUUAGAGAAACAGAUUUUGAUCUUAAAUGAAGAAAACAAAAUGUUUCAGCAGAGGCUAUAUGAAGCAAAUGAGCUGAGGGAUCAGGCUGGACACAAUUUGAGCUGUACAGAGCAAUCUAUUGACCCACAGCAGACUGUGAAGUCUAACCAUGUCAUAGAAGAGGAAAACAUACAGCCUUUCCAAACAACCUGUCAAGAUCUUUUGGCAGAGCAGAAGCUGAUUAAGGAGACGUGUGGUAACGUAAAUAACAAGUGCACACUGACAGAUGAGGAGGAAUUGCUGGAGGCCAAACUGAAUGAGACUGAAUCCAUAGCUGAAGGAGUCUGUUCUAAUUAUCUUGCACAACUGCAGGAGAUGUAUCAGAAACCAAGUGUUGGUGUCUCGGUUGAACCUCAGCAGGAAGAACAGAGAGCUUGCAGGCCUGCAGAAAACACAAAGGAAAUUUUAAAGCAGCAGCUGGCUGAGAAACAGGAUACCAUUGUGAAAUUACAAAGGGAAAAAGAUGAUUUGUCUGUUUCUUGUAAAGCUGUUACCCAGAAAGUUGACCAUCCCAAACAGACAUCAAAGGUUAAGACAGAGAAUGAAGGCAACUAUUUUACACCACUUAAACCUGAGCGAAAGAAUGUCAGGAAACCAGGAGAAGAAGAGUCUGUCACGAAAAAACUCCGAAGUACAGCCAGAAAGAGAAAGAGCCCAGAGUUGGAGAGCUCUGUGGAGUCAGAAAAUCGGAAAAACCGACGGCUGAAGGUGAACAACAGGAAAAACAUGCAGUCUAUUGAGACUCCCACAGUGCAAGGGAAAAAGGUGAGUCAAUUAAAGCAGAAAGGCUCAGCCAGCCUGAAAGGGAAAAAAGACGGAGCCCUGAAAAAGAUUGAUGACUUUAUCCAGAGCUCUCCAAACCUCUUUGGGAGCAAAGCCAAAAAGAUCAUAAGCAUGGUGAAUGUUAAAUCCCCUGAACCGCUGAAUCCUUCUGAAAACAACAAACCCAAGAGAUCCAAACGAAAGCUCUUCAAGACUCAUGUUUCCUCCCCGCUGGACAUACCCUAUCAUCCUAUCAUUGGAAGCAGUGAUGAUAAUAAAGAGAGCGAUCAUCUCAUAAUCAAGAGAAAACUCAGAACAAGAACUGCAAAGAUCCAAUGCAAACAUUAAUUUGCUGGCCAAGUGUAAUUCAAGUUUUUUGUUCUUCUAAAUUGUCAUAUAUUUUGUUUGCUUAAUACCUAAAUGUUGUUGAACAGUUCAUAUUUGUUUCAUUAACACUGGAAAUGUUUGUAAAUAUUUUAGAAAUGUA